AUGUCGAGCGAGGCUGUCCAGUCGUGGGCUCGCCAGGUCCAGAAUCUGGCGCAAGAAAAGCUGUGCGGAAGCGCCCCUGCCCAAGCUUCCAACGUCACACGCUUUACUGACUGCGUCGCUAUGCUCAGACCCUUCGACAUCAGCGAUGUUCCCCAGUAUUUCUGGGCCCUCGUUGCUGCCGUUCUUGGAGGCCUUGUCUUCCUGAAGGCUGUCUGGGGCGAGAACGACAAGCCAUUGAAGUACACGGUGCCCUCUCCUAAAACGCCCGAAAAGGUCGAGAUACUGGAAAAGCCUAGCAUCAAAGUCUCCGGCUCUACCGCGAUCCAAUGCUACAACCCAGCAACAGGCCAGUUUCUGGGCUUCGUGAACCCCGCCACCCCCGCUGCUAUUGAUAGAGCCAUUGAACAGGCCGCGACAGUGCAGAAGACGUGGGCACUUACCAGCUUCCGGGAGCGCCGGAAGGUCCUACGCAGCAUGCUCCAAUACAUCCUCGACCACCAGGAAGAGAUCUGCCGGGUGGCGGGCAUGGAUUCUGGAAAGACCAUGGUAGAUGCUCAGCUAGGCGAGAUCCUGGUCACUGUUGAGAAGCUGCAAUGGACCAUCGCGCAUGGCGAGAAGGCACUGCGUCCCACGCGUCGACCGACGAACCUACUAAUGAUGUACAAACGCAACAGUGUCCACUACGAGCCGCUAGGCGUCAUUGCGGCUCUGGUGUCCUGGAACUACCCUUUUCAUAACCUGCUGGGGCCAAUCAUUUCGGCCAUCUUUGCCGGCAACGGCAUCCUCGUCAAAGUCUCGGAGAACACGGCCUGGAGCUCAUCCUACUUUGCCAGCAUUGCCCGAGGCGCACUUCGUGCCCACGGCCACGACCCUGCUCUGGUUCAGACGGUCGCGUGCUGGCCACAGGUCGCAGGACACAUCACGAGCCACAAGGGCAUCUCGCACAUCACCUUCAUCGGCUCACAGGCCGUUGCGCACAAGGUUGCCGAGUCGGCUGCCAAGGUCCUUACUCCAGUGUGCGCCGAGCUUGGUGGCAAAGAUGCCUUUAUUGUCCUGGACUCGGCUGCCAAGGACUUGGACCGAAUCGUCGAGAUGAUGCUCCGCGGCACGUUCCAGUCAGCCGGUCAGAACUGCAUCGGCAUCGAGCGAAUCAUUGCCACCCCUGCAGUCUAUGACAGGAUCGUGCUCGCGCUGGCGGAGCGUGUGCGUGGCCUGCGCGUGGGCCCGGGGCCCCUGGAUGCCGACGUGGGUGCCAUGGUUUCGGACGCAUCCUUCGACCGGCUGGAACACCUCGUUGCUGAUGCAGUUCGCUGCGGCGCGAGGCUACUUGCCGGCGGAAAGCGCCUAAUCCACCCGCAGCACCCCAGUGGCCACUACUUCACCCCAACCCUGGUCGUCGACGUGACGGCCGACAUGGCGCUCGCCAGGGAGGAGUGCUUCGGCCCGAUCAUGACUCUGAUGCGCGCACCGGCCAAUACCGCAAAGGCUGUUCUCGACGUGGCCAACGCGCCCGACUUUGGCCUCGGCGGCUCCGUGUUCGGGCGCGAUUCUGACCCUGUGCUCAAGGAGGUUGUACGCGGCUUGCGCACGGGUAUGGUGGCGGUCAAUGACUUUGCUACUUACUACGCUGUGCAGCUGCCUUUCGGCGGUGUUGGCGGCUCGGGCUACGGACGCUUCGCCGGCAAGGAGGGCCUUCGGAGCAUCUCCAACGCCAAGAGCAUCUGCGAGGACAGGGCUGGGUGGUUGGGCGUCCGGACGGCCAUCCCACCGCCCAUGCGAUAUCCUGUGCGCGACCAGGAUCGGAGCUGGAGGUUCGCCAAGGGUGUGGUAGAGCUUGGCUAUGGGCUUACCAUGGGCGCGAAGGUGCGCGGAUUGGUCGGGCUGGCAAAGAACAGCUGA